GCGGGUAAACUUACGUCGCAUUCUUCGUUCGUAGGAUACAGAAAUUUACAAAUGUGAACCUGUGAAGCGACUAAGUUUGCUGAAGGAGGAGCUCGAGGCGACACAGUCACCAAUCAUGCGACAGAUCUUCUCCUGGUUAUUCCCCUUCGGUCCAGCAUGGAAUUCAGUCUUGGGUACAUUCUACAUCAGCUCGGUACCAAACUUCAUUCUCGCAUUUAUUCCGGCGGAAAUUAACCCCAAUACGCUCAAUACAAUGACUGCGUUUGCAACAGGCGGGCUCCUGUCUGACGUAUUCUUGCACCUCGUUCCACACUCGUUCAUGGGAGAGCAUCAGGAUGGCGGGGUGCACUUUGUCAUGGUGGAGGAAAAGAGGAACAUUCUAAUAGGGCUUGGGAUAUUUAUUGGCUUCGCGUCGUUCUUCAUCAUGGAGAAGACUCUGCGUGUUCUAGGUGGAGACAACGAUCACGCACAUGGGCACUCGCAUUCACACUCAGCCACACCCGAGGCCCACUCUUCAGCCGUGUCUGUGGACUCACGCUCACCUGAAGGGCUCAAGUCCAGGAGGUCUGAGAGGGCCUCGAAGGAUGACACUCCAGAGUCUGACGGCCAUGUGUCUGCAAAGUCCGGUGCUCAGCCAUCGAAGCUGUCAGCGUACCUGAACCUCUUUGGUGACUUUGUCCACAACAUCAUGGCUGCCUCAUUCUACUCAUCCCCUCUCAUUGGCGCGACCACGACGCUGGCGUGCUUUGCGCAUGAAAUUCCCCACGAGAUCGCUGACUACUCCAUUCUCGUCCGGAGUGGGUUUAGCAAACGACAAGCCAUGCAGUCACAGUUCUUGACGGCAAUCGGUGCCUUUAUCGGCACGUUCAUGGGAAUUGCCAUCCACAACCUUUCCACGUCUGGAAAGGUCGAGGCAACCACGACUGACCUUGCAGCGGCAGUGCGGCAAACUGCCUCGGGUCUACUUGGCACAACGAUUCAACCGGCUGACUUGGUCAUCCCGUUUGUAGCUGGAGGGUUCAUGUACAUUGGCGCUGUAGCGGUGUUGCCGACGCUGCUUGCAGAGAGUAAGAGCGGCAAGCAGGCGCUGCGCGAGUUCGCAGCAAUGGCAUUUGGGGUGCUGUGCAUGUUCUUUGUGGCUUGGAAUGAGUAGACGUAGAUUACGAGUCGUGUGACUGAGUAUGGGAAAAUGACAUUGUUUAUCAUCGGUGCCGCCCCCUGAGCCAAGGGUGAGGUGAAAGGGCAAUUGAUGACGACCAUGCGUGUGUACGUAGUUUUGGCUCGGACGCAGUCCCGGUAGACGCAGAUUCGGUGUAGUGAGCUGGCGUCUUGAGUUUCAUUUGUGGGUGUCGAAGAUCUCCGAAGCUUGUAUGACCGAGUUGCUUCUGCACGACGUCAACGGCGGAUGAUUUGAG